AUGGAAAGAUGGUCGCCGAAACCGAGCGCUUCUGAACUUCCGGAAUCCAGGGACUCUGAUGGCGAUGACCUAACACGCACGGGCUCCGGAAGUGAGGAAACAGGAGAAGAAGGCCUGACCGAAAUGCAGGAGGAACUGUCAAGUGGUGAAGCAAAACUCAGCAGCAGUGAACAGCACGAAGGAACCGAACCGGAUAGCAGUUUGCUGGAAGACGACCCAAGCGGGUCCGGCGCCUCGUGGCAACAAGAGGUCAAAGUUGACAGCGUCACCACUGUGUACCGGACGCCAAGGCAGCCAGAAGGUCUGGCAAAAACUUCAAAGACUAAAAAAAUUGAAAAACACUCUUCAAGAUCUAAAAACAAAAAGGCUUCAUCCACCACAAGUCUCAGUGUCAACACCACGAGAUUGUCAGACAAUCAAGAAAAUCAAACUGUUGUUGAUUAUGAAACGCAAAAUAAAGAAAAGGUUGGUAUCUAUGCAAAAGGAAACCAGCCGCUUGAUGAAGAAAGUGGUAAGACAUAUGUAGAGGUAUCUUUACUUUCACCAAGUAGCACUACUGUUAGAAGCAAUACUGAAGACAAAUAUAUUCCAGAGACAACAAUAUGGAGUCUCUCAAACAUCACACCUUAUUACACCAAAGAAGCCGGUGAGGACCAGGAUGCAAAUAGCAACCAUUACAGAGGUGAGGAGAAUGAAGAGAAUGUUUAUCCAACAGAAACUCAAUCGCCUCUAAAAAAGACUAAAAGCCAGAAAAAAUCAAGUAGAACAUCUGACCAGUCUUCUCCAGCUUCUUAUAAACCUUCAACAAAUGGAAUCCAGAAGAAGAGCGAAGUUACAGAAACAACAUUGUCAAUAAAUAACCGUGUCAACGAGCCAGCAACAGAGCAAGAAGCUGACAGUCAUCUAAAAGAGGAAACUGAUAGCACUUCAUACUAUUACGAAAAUGUCGAGGAUGCCCAGGAAGAGGAGGAGAGAGAAGAAGCUAAUCUGUUUCCAAACGAACUCGGAGAAUGGUCGACCCUCCAGCCCUGGGGCUCCGGGUGUUCGAAACCCUUCUACGGCAGUCAGUUCUGCACGUCCAUCAUCAUGACAACGCAGCUUGGCCACCGUGACAGCGAGUGCAGGGGCUUAAGGUCUUACGUGAGCUGUCUGCGAGCGCUGAUGGACGCCUGUGAAAUUUUCCAUUAUUUGAGACAAUACCAGGCACCAUCAAACACAUUAUGA